GAAGCCUUCUAAUCUGGUUGGGCUUACAUGCAAUUUGGAUAAAACAGAAAUAACACUGAGGGACAUAAAACCAUCUGGAAAAAGUUUAAAUCUAAAAGAAGCUCUCUGCCAGCCAGGCGUGAAAGUGAUUGGGGAGGAGAAGCAGAACUGGGAGAAACAGCCUGAUCUAGUGAAAAGUGUGCAGUCCUGAGAGGCAGGGGACCUGGGUUCUAAUCCUGGCUCCACACUUCCCUGUUGUGUGAUCUUUGGGGUAAUUCCUUUAUAGGCCGAAGUAUGACACGGGUUCACUGUUGAACAAUGAACAGUCAAUGCCUGCUGAAUCUGGGUGCGGAACCUGCAGAGCUCAAAGGUCAGAGUAAUAGCAUUCUGAAGAGAGAAGCUUUAUCCCAUUUCUGGUCCUGCUCCUCAUCAUUGGACAGUGAAGACUUUAAGACAGGGUUCAAGUUGCCAUCAACAAGUUGACCACUGCAUCUCACCAGAAACAUCCUAAAUGACUGGAAGGUUUGCACUGUCCUGAGAAACAUACCUGGGCAAUUCCUGAGAAGGCCAUUUGUCCCUUGCUACCCUCUUCUAAGAAGGAGCAGGACCUGAACUAUAAACGACGUGGUGGUAGAAGGAAGGAGAAAUUGACUCUUCUGUCGUGCCCUGAAAGAGAAAAUGGGUUGUAACAGAAACUGUGGGCUUAUUACCGGUGCCGUCGUUGGGGCAGUGCUUGCCAUACUGGGAGGCGUUCUUAUGCCUGUUGGAGACAUGAUCAUUCAGAAAACUAUUAAAAAGGAAGGAGUCAUUGAAGAAGAUACAGUUGCUUAUAAAAACUGGGUGAAGACAGGCACCGAUGUGUACCGACAAUUCUGGAUCUUUGAUGUGCAAAAUCCGGAGGAAGUGAGGGUUAAUAGUUCAAAAAUCGUGGUUAAACAAAAAGGUCCUUACACAUACAGGGUCCGAUUUCUGCCCAAGACAAAUAUUACUAAGAAUCCUGACAACACGAUAUCUUUCAUGCAGCCUAAUGCAGCUGUCUUUGAACCUUCUAUGUCAGUUGGGUCUGAAAAUGACACUUUAACAACCAUCAAUCUUGCUGUCGUGGCCGCACCUGCUUUGUAUACAAAUGCCUUUGUCCAGAGGCUAUUAAAUUCAUACAUCAAGAAGUCAAACUCUUCCUUGUUCCAAACCAGAACUGUGAAGGAACUCUUAUGGGGCUAUACAGAUCCAUUCUUGAAAUUGGUUCCCUACCCUGUUGAUACUACAGUAGGAGUGUUCUAUCCGUACAACAACACAGCAGAUGGGGAAUACAAAGUCUUUACUGGGAAAGAUGAUAUCAGCAAAGUUGCAAUAAUUGACACUUACAAAGAUAAAAGAAAUCUCUCCUACUGGCCAAGUUAUUGUGACAUGAUCAAUGGUACAGAUGCGGCUUCAUUUCCUCCAUUUCUGAAGAAGAACCAGAUUUUGCGAUUCUUUUCUUCUGAUAUCUGCAGAUCCAUCUAUGCCAAUUUUGAAAGUGAGAUGAACCUGAAAGGAAUUCCCAUUUACCGGUUUGUACUACCUCGGUUGGCCUUCGCAUCUCCUGUGGAAAAUCCAGACAACUACUGUUUCUGUACUGAAAAAAUUAUCUCCAAGAACUGCACUUCUGCUGGGGUGCUAGACAUCAGCUCCUGCAAACAGAAGAAGCCAGUGUACAUUUCUCUUCCCCAUUUUCUUCACGCAAGUCCCGAUGUGUCAGAGCCUUUGGAAGGUUUGAACCCAAAUCAAGAAGAACAUCAGACCUAUUUGGAUGUUGAACCUAUCACUGGAUUUACUCUACGAUUUAUGAAACGGCUGCAAAUCAACAUCAUGGCUUCACCAGCACCCAGAAUUGAUCCUUUAUCCCAGCUGAAACGGAACUACAUCGUUCCAGUUCUAUGGCUUAAUGAGACUGGCACCAUUGGGGAUGAGAAAGCUGCAAUGUUCAGAGCACAAGUGAUCAGCAAAAUCAACUUGCUGGGACUGCUGCAAUUGGUUCUACUUAUCAUCGGUCUUGCGACCUUUGUGUCCUUUGCAAUUGCAUACUGUGCCUGCAGAUCAAAGUCAGUUAAAUAGGUUGAAAAAGAGACUUCAUAUAGUUGGAAUCAAAUAUCAGAUUCUGAGCAGGGAUUCUGGUAAUGUUUACUCACAAAUUGAGAUUUGAUCUACUUUAUAUGCUCACAGACGCCAUGUGUUUUUCUGAAGAAAAUAUGGCAUUGAUCUUUGAACUAACCAGCAAAACUGUUCUGAGGACCAUUGUGAUGGUAUCACUGUUAACCCAAAAUUCCUCUUUUAAAAUACUUCACUUGUUUCUAACAGAAAAAUGUUCACAUUAAGGCCUCUCUCUGAUCCCCACUCUGGUCUCUUUGGUGAGUCCAUGGUAACAAAGUCAUCAAGAGCUGCUGGAGUCAGAACAAGCUACAGGGUCUUUUUCCCACCUCCUCCUUGGGAUCUUCCUGUUCAAGGCCAUAGCUAUUCACUAGUCAACACUCAUUCUGUUGUUUCCAAUUUGGCUAGACAAGCACCUAUGCUGAGCAUCACAUUAUUUGAAAUUCAGCUAGAAGGUCCAAAAGACAAAAAAGAGAAAUGUGGAUUUGAUGUUCUUCUAUUAGAAAGGAUAAGCUAGGCACUUGGCAUGUUAGUUUUGAAAGAACAAUUAAUUGUUCUCCACUUCCAAGCUCUGUUUCCUGAUCCUGUGACCAAGGACGUGGAGGCCAUUUGAAUCUCUUUCAGUUUUUUCUACUCAUGUCUGGACUGAAUGGAUUCUGCUGCCACUCAAUCACUCUGGAAGUCUUGCAGUGCAUUAUUUCUGUAUUUGCUAUCAAAGAAUUGUGAGUCUUUCACCCAAGAUGUGAAUGGAAAUAAAUGCUUUUGUAUGGGAUUUUAUUAACAACAUUAUGUGUAUAUGAAUAAAGUAAUUUGUAAUGUAAUUCUUGAUGCUUUCACAGUCUCUCUCUGAAGGGCUGAUUCCCCACACUGUAAAUCACAGUCCUCUUGCCAAGUCUGGCCCUUAAUUAUUCUCCUAUAUUACACCCAACUCUGGAAUCAUUGUCCCUGCCCAGCCCAGUUAAUGUAUAAGUGUUUUGAAAUUCUUCUCUAGAACAAAGUCAAUCUCCCAUUUGGAUUUCUCGCCCCUGUCUGUCACCUUGAACCUCUAAAUCAUUCAAUCUAUCAAUUGAUAGUAUUUAUUGAGUACUUAUUGAAUGCAGAGCCCUGUAAUAAGCUCUUUGGAGGGUACAGUACAACCUUUAGGAGAAUGGAAGAAGUUAAAGAUGGACUCCCCUUCUAGACUAUGAACUUGUUGUGGGCAGGGAAGGUGUCUACCAACUCUGUUAUAUAGUUAUAGUUUAC